AUGAUGUGGAGAUCCAUUAAAGAACAAUACUAUCGAGGUGACUUCAAGCACUUGGUAACUGAAGAGGGAAGGAAGAAUGCACCAGCUGAGACAGAGCACAAUGGGGGGUUGAUGGAAGUUAGGGAAGGACAGGUUGUCCUAACGGAAUCUCGGGAACCUGGAGGUGAAGUGGAUAUGAGAAUGUUCGAAAAGAAGGCUCAUGAGGAAGAAAUGGAGGAGCAAGCAAGGGAGAAGGCGUUGGCUGCUAUACUAGAGAAGAAUACUACCUUCAGCACGGGGUCAGGGGAUAUAGGGAAGGUUAACAUGGAGAGAAAAGGACGAUGGACGAGGCUGUCACAAGCUAGGAGCAAAUCUACCAAAGUAAAUAUAGAGCAAGUCACGCCCCAAAAGAGACCGGCCAAGGAGGUUCAAACGGAAGUAGAAGGUAUUGGGGGUGUUAAGAGAGCUCUGGUGACACAGGAAAGCGACCUGAGGCUAUGUGAGAUGAAUCAAGUUGGACAAACAGUGGAGAGUAACAAAGAGCAACAAACACAAAUACAAAUGGUUGGCGAUUUGGCGGACUCUGGCAAGGACCAGAGCCGCCUAGCCCAAUGA